AUGGCGCGUGGCGGGCGAAGAUCGGCGGCGGCGGCAGGGGGAGAGGCCGUGGAGGGCUCUCGCAGUAGUUCCUCUCAACUGAAUGGCCGCGACUUUAAUGGCCAUGUACGCGGAGAGCGGAGUUACGCCCCUACGCCUGCGGCCCGGUCGGCGCAGCGCAGAUGCAGGAGACAAAAUAGGAGGCGGCGCCCGCCGGCAGGCACCCCCCCUGCUCCUGCUCCUCCCCUUCCCGCUUUCCCAUCCACGUUCACAGUUGUGGACCUGAUGUUCGAUCUCCAGGGGGAACCUUCAUGUUCAGAGGAUUGCAGCACAAGUGAUGAAGUUUCAGUGCCAAUGACAUUUGAGUAUGAGAUUUGGGCAAAUGAGCCAAUGAGUGUUCAAGAAAGGCGGCAAAAGUUCCUUAAAGGAAUGGGAUUCGAUGAUUUUGUUUCUGCCAGAACAGAUUCUUUCCAAUGCCAUGGUGAAAUCACAGCUGUUGAGUCUUCCACUGACAUGGAGGAGAGAAGUGUCAGUGGCCAUUCUUCCGUGGGUACAUCUGUUUGUGACAAUGAAUCGGAGUUUGACAGUGCCUGUUGCAUAAGGGAUAUGGAUAGUGGAAAGAAAUAUAUUGUCCACAAUGGUGCACAUAGCAGUAUAACGGACAUGCUCAAGGAGGUUGGAUCAGAUAAGGUGAUGUCUCUUCUGGAGUUUGAGAGUUUGCUUGGCCUCUCUCGUAUACCAACCAGAACAAGAGUUCAACAUCGGAAGAAAAAAUUUCUUGAAUUCUCUGCUGUCUACAUGGAUCAAGAAAUUAGAGCUCACAAGGGUUCAAUUAGGGUCAUGAAAUUCAGCCCAUCUGGAUGGUAUUUAGCAAGUGGUGGUGAGGAUUGUGUUGUACGAAUAUGGCAAAUUAUAGAAGUAGAAGCAUCUCCUAAGUUGUAUAGGGGAGAGGAUCCCUGUGAAAAGGUGGAGAAAGUUCAGGUCAUUAAUACAAAUAUAGAAAAGGGGCAGAACCAGGGACUUGCAGUUAUACCCAAGAAGGUUUUUCGUAUAUCAGAGACUCCAUUACAUGAAUUCCGUGGCCAUACAAGUGAUAUCCUUGACAUGGCAUGGUCCAAAUCAGAUUUUUCAAACACAGAGACUAUGGGUUUUAUUGUUGGCACGAUUGCAGGCGCAUGUCGUUUCUAUGACCAAUCAGGUGAAAACAUCCAGCUAGAGAAAGAAUUGUUUGUGCAAGGGAAGAAAAAAUCAGCUGCCAGUCGGAUCAACAGUUUACAGUUAUGUACAAUUGAUUCCACUGGGAUUAUAAUUACAUCAGGGGGUUCCAAAAUUCGAGUCGCCAAUGGUGAUACCAUCCAAAAGUUUGAAGGGCCUUGGAAGUCAAAGGCUUUAUCAUCACCGUCUUUAACAUCAGACGGCAGAUAUCUUAUAUCUGCCGGCAAAGAUUCCAAUGUCUAUAUUUGGAACUUUGCGAAUUCUGGAGAUGCAAAAUCAGUUCAUUCAUGUGAGCUGUUCUUCUCCAAAGAUGUGACUACUGCGGUACCAUGGCCUGGAGUGCACCAAGAUGGGCACACGAAGCCUUCCUGCCUGAAUGAGAAAUCAUCCAGUGCGCCGAUUUUGCACCACCACGAGGAGUGCCAGUCCCCUGGGCCGUGGUCGUUCGUGGACAGCAGCAAGGGAUCAGCGACAUGGCCUGAGGAGAAGUUGCCUUCUACUGCAAAGCCUGAAAGCAGCCCGCAGCUGGGCGACUGCCUCUCCUUGAUAUCCGCCGCGUGGAGCACGGUCAUCGUGACCGCCAGCCGUGAUGGCGUGAUCCGAUCUUUUCCCAACUAUGGCUUGCCCGUUAGAUUUAUCCAAGCUAAUCUGGAACAGUGCUGGGCCUGGUGUUUUAAGUGGCUACCUCAAGGACAGAAGGCACAUGUCUGGAGUGUAGCUGCUGUUUGCUGGGCCAUUUGGAAAGCAAGGAACAAAGCACGUUUUAAGAAAAAACUGAUCAAAAACCCUAUUGAGAUAGUUUGCCAUGCAUGUGCGCUAAUGAAGUAUUGGACAUGUCUAUUUGUCGAGAUGGACAGGAAGACUCUUGAGGAGGGGGUCAACAUGACGCUGAAGGUGGCCAUGGACAUUCUAGCAACCAACCGUGGGAACAAGCAGGAGGUUGCUGGGAGGACUGAAGACCCAGAAGAUGAUGGAACCCGCAAGAACUGA